AUGGCAAAUGAGAUUGCCAAGGCUCAGGUCACCCGGCCUGGUGACAACACGAUCUUCGGGAAGAUCAUCCACAAGGGAAUCCCCACCAAAAUCAUUUUUGAGGAUGACCAAAGUCUUGCUUUCCAUGAUAUUUCCUCUCAAGCACCAACACAUUUUCUGGUGAUACCCAAGAAACAUACGUCCCAGAUUUCUGAAGCAGAAGAUGAUGAUGAAAGUCUUCUUGGAAAAGUAAUGAUUGUUGGCAAGAAAUGUGCUGCUGAUCUGGGCCCGAAGAAGGGUUAUCGAAUGGUGGUGAAUGAAGGUUCAGAUGGGGAACAAUCUGUCUAUCAUGGUCAUCUCCAUGUUCUAGCUGGUCAGCAGAUGAAUUGGCCUCCUGGUUAA